AUGCCAGCCACUCGCUCUGCCCAGCCUAAUGUCGUUCACCAUGGGGAUAACGAUCCCAAUGCGAAUGCAGACGCCCAUACCCCGGCUGGCCCGACCAUGAAGCGAAGGAAAACGCGUAAAGAGCCUCUGGCUGGGAUGCGCCAGAUAGCGGACAGAACAGGAUGGGCUGAGGCCAUUGUGGAGCAACUGGUCAAGAAAAUCGGCAAACAUGAGAAUCCUGCUCACUCAACACGAAGCAAUGUUGACAGCACAACAAACCUCGACUGUGAAAUCCCUACGCCAGUAACAAAUGAGCUAAAUUAUGCACACAAUCCGACUUCUCUCAGUCCUUCACAUCCCCCUACCUCCGCUUGGGUGUCAAAUACGACAACUCCUCGACCCACUCGUCAAGAUCAGGCCUCAGCUGCCACCGAUGGUUGUUCCGGUGAUUCAGGAUUUGUCCGCCUGCGAACAUCUGGAGUUCUGCUCCCCAGCCUUGCCAAGGUUGCAAGGCUGUCCCAGACCUUGUAUGAGGCAUUUCCUACUCAUGAAGACAGCGAUAAAAUAUGCAGAGCUAGCUAUCGCAGUUUCUGCAUGUUCAAUCAAGUUCUGACUGUACCAUAUAAGAGUUUGGGGCAAAGUGACUCGGGCUCUCACCACAGCCAUAUUGAUAGGCCCGGGCCUAAGUCACAUCCUGUGUUGUUAGCCAAGCACAUGUUACAGCUUGUGCACCUUCUGCAGCAAUUUCAUCCAAACUACGAGGAGCUGGCAGGAUUGUCUGAGUUACCAGCAGAAAUGCUCGAGCGCUUGGCAGAUAUCGCCAUCAGUCAGGUAACAACUCAAGACCGGUUCCUCGGCAGUAUUGAAAGCCUUGAAUGUGUCAUGUUGGAGACUACGUACUAUGCCAAUGGUGGAAACCUUCGACUCAGCUGGGCCGCGAAUCGAAGGGCUUUGCAUUUUGCGCAAUUGAUGGGACUACACCGAAUUGAUAGUCGGCUACGCUAUCAGAAAAUUGAUCCCAGAACGCAGGCUGAUCCGCAGACCAUGUGGCUUCGUAUCGUACAAUAUGAUUGCUCCUUGUCUCUACUCUUAGGACUUCCUCGAGGGUUCCAGGGUAAUGAUAUUGCUACCCAAGAUCUUCUUGAUAACGAUACAUCUCUGGGUCGCCUGGAACGCAUCCAUUGCACCACUACAUCCCGGAUACUGGGCCGUAAUGAAUCAAGGUGCCAGGACUUCACCAUCACCCAAGAGCUUGAUCAUGAGCUUCAGGUAGAAGCCAGGCGGCUGCCUAGCAGGUGGUGGCUCCCGCCAAAUCUGUCCAAUACGGGAAAAGAUGAUGAGGGACUUUUCUGGGACGUCAAACGACUUCUUGUUCAAAUAUCUCAUUACAAUAUUCUGAACCGGCUGCAUUUGCCCUACAUGCUCCGCGCCUCCAUUGAUCACACUUAUCAAUACUCUCAGAUUGCCUGCGUGAACGCCUCGCGAGAGAUACUUUCAAGGUUUCUCAUAUUGCGCAACUUCAAUUGA